AAUACAAUGUCCAGCAGACUACCUAAGCUUGUCGCCUUUGAUCUAGACUACACCCUCUGGCCGCUGUGGAUAGAUACCCACGUAGAUGCGCCUCUCAAGCGUAAUGGUCAGGAAUUGAACAAAGUCGUCGAUAGAUAUGGCCAAGAGGUCUCGUUCUAUCCUCAGGUACCGCACGUUCUCCACCGACUACGAGCAUCAGGCGUCAUUGUUGCAUCUUGUUCAAGGACAUCUGCCCCAGAUCUUGCAUCAAGUGCUUUGAAUCUUCUACUUGUACCUCCAAAGAAAGGCGACAAAAACGGCGUUCCAACGCGCGCAGCCGAUUUCUUUGACCAGAAUGAGAUUUAUCCCGGGUCCAAGAUCACACACUUCAAGCAGUUGCAUAAGAAGACGAAGAUUCCAUACUCCGAAAUGCUCUUCUUUGACGACGAGCACCGGAAUAGCGAGGUCGAGUCACUGGGCAUCACAUUUGUUCUUGUACGCAAGGGUGUAGACGAACGGCCCUUCGAGCAAGGGCUCGCAGAAUGGCGCCGUAGACAUCCCGAGGAAGUUGUGGAAGACCCUGCUGGUGACGAUGUGCGAGGUGUUUGAUGGUGUUGUAUUUUGGGAUGUUUGAAUAGGAGCUGAACAGGCUAAUGUCAAUCGUAUAGAUUAGUUUUUCUACGAUGAGGAUACCAAAUCCGACAUCGCCAGAACGAAUAU